CACCCGGAUUGCCAUCCUCCCAUUCCUCUUGGCUUACUCUUGGCUUGUUGGCUUGUUGGCUUGCUGGCUUGUUGGCUUGUUGGCUUGUUGGCCUGUUGGCUUGUUUGAAUUUCGCGUUUCUUGCCCAACAGUCGUGGCCAGUCAUUCGUUUGCUUCACCAGAGAGCCCUGCCCAUGGCCAUCGCAGGAAUCUGCCUGCCCAUCACUGCAUCAGACGCAGUCCAGAAUUUAACAUAUUAACACCAGCAUUGUCGACAGCACACUCGACGGCAGACGUCCAACUGCUCAGUCCGUCGGCUGAUUCAUGUCGAAGGACAAUCCCCCAGACCGGAGAUGCUUCGCCUGGCUGAGGACACCGCUGCAGCCAACUCAGGAAGAGAAGGAGGUCACCGACUUCCAAUCCGUCGACUGGAAGGCGUUGUUGACCUCGCCAAAAUAUAUUGCAUUCAUAAUCAUAGGAAUCAUUGUCACGGUUCUGACCAUCUUGUUGACGGUGUACCAUGACCAAGUAGUCACGUUCCUCCGCCCCCACGCCGAAAAGAUCCGCGACUUGCGCGGUGGCUAUCUGAUCUUCAUCGCCAUUCUCUUCAUCAUAUCGUUCCCGCCGCUGUUCGGCCACGAGGUGGUCGGGCUCUUGUGCGGUGUCGUGUACGGUCUCUAUAUGGGGUUCCUCGUCGUUGCCACAGGGACGUUCCUCGGUGAAGUUGCAACGUGGUUCUUUUUCAAGAAGUUCGGCGCCGAAAAGGCAGCCAAGUUGAGGCGGACAAACCUGAACUGGGCAGGGAUUGUGCGCAUGUGCAGGGACGGAGGCUUCUGGAUCAUAGUGCUUAUCCGUCUAUCGGCAAUCCCCUCCCAUUUCUCAACCGCCGUGUUCGCAACUUGUGGCAGCGUGGGCUUCGGCAAGUAUGCUCUCGCAACUUUCCUGACGCUACCAAAGCAGGCGCUCAUCGUGUACCUCGGUGUACUCCUCGUUCCGGGCGGUAGCUCAGACAAACCGACCAAGUCGAGCUCUGCGAGUCCAACCGGCGCAGCAAGUCUGAGCAGCACGGCGAGUCCGAGCAGCACGUCGAGUUUGUUCGACACGGGGGAUCUAUUCGGGACGGCGAAUACGACUAGCACAGCAGAGCCGCACGGGUCAGCAUCGGCCGGCGCCGAGGACAGCAAUGUCAAGAACUUGGCGCUUGGGAUUGCCACGCUCGCUACAAUCAUAUCGGGGGUGCACAUCUACGUGAAAAUGAGGCAGAUCAAGAAAGAACUACUUAUAGAGCAGGACGUAGAUCAACAACUCUACGGCAAGCCGCAGAUGACAGAGAGCGGUGGGCCGGCCGUCAUGAGACGGAACCCGGAUGCACCGAGGGGGAUGGUGUAGCCGGACCCGGGAAAAGAAAGGGAAAGGGCUCGUAGACAUCUGAUGUGUUCUUUUUAGAUCUAUACCACGAAGAGCUUAUGACAAGGCAUUGCGUGGUGUCGUUGUAAUAAUGAUGGUCUUCUAUACGGAUGUCCCUUU